AUGGCGAAUUCUACCGCAAGAGGCGGUCUGGGCAAAGACGGCAGGCUUCAGAGUUCCUGGGACCCGAUGGACUUCGUGAACGAGGUCCCGACGCCUGCGUGUCUGAUGAGAGUGACGCGGGACAUAGCCGACAUCAAGGCCGACCCGCUGCCCGGCAUCCACAUCUCGCCGGAGGAGAGCGACCUCACUAGGAUCCACGCUCUCGUGGUAGGACCGGAGGGCACGCCGUACGAGGGCGGCUUCUUCCACUUCUUUCUCAAGUGUCCCCCAAACUACCCGGUUCAGCCGCCCCGAGUGCGCCUGAUGACCACGGACGCCGGUAGAGUGCGAUUCAACCCGAACCUCUACGCCAACGGCAAGGUGUGCCUCAGCAUCCUCGGCACAUUUCCCGGGCCAGUCUGGAGCCCAGCACAGGGCAUAGGCAGCGUCUUGGUCUCGAUACAAUCGCUGCUCAACGAGCAGCCUUUCUACAACGAGCCAGGUAUGGCACAACUGGGAUGGCGGGUAGAGUCCCAGCAGUACAACGACAGAGUGCAACACGACACCGUCAGGGUGGCCAUCUGCGACGCAGUGGGAGCAUCCCUUAAGAACGACCCUCCCUGCCCGCGAGACCUGGCGGAGGUCAUCCUGAAGACGUUUGCCGAGUCGUACAACAAGUACGAGCAGAAGGUUCAAUCCCUGAUCCAGAGCAACACCGGCACGUCAUGGGCUCAGUACCUGGGCUUUACAACCACGUACAAAUAUGAGCCACUGCUCAAGAGACUUCAGGAUCUCCGCAAGCUGGUGAAUGACAAGAUUGCAGCUCAAGCCGCUGCUCAAGCAGCUGCACAAGUCACAGCUCAAGCUAUUGAUUAGCUGCUGACUGUCGGGAGUUCGCGCUCUUGGGUCGCGAAUCGAAGAACUUGCAGAACGCAGAAACUAAAGAAACCGAUUAACUGUUAGAGUCAUUAAAUUGCGUAAGAGAACAUUGUGCAGAAAGCACA